CCCCACUGUCCCACCCAUUUGCCCCAAAGCUUCAACACCAUACCUUUUCUUCCCUAAUUUACACCUCAAACCUCACACUCUUUCCCCGUCACCCCCCAAACAAAAUGCCAGCAGACCAACCAACCGAUGCCCGUGCCCGCCUCCUCUCCCACUUCAGCUCCGCCAACGGCAGCACUGAACAUGGAACAAAAUGGGAUGAGCUCUGGACAGAAGGUUUUCUCCCAUGGGACAAAGGCUUUCCGAAUCCGGCCCUCUCCGACCUGUUAACCCAGCGUCAAGACCUCAUUCCUCCUCCUCAUUCCUCUCAGCCCACCACUAGUAGCAACGGAAGGAAGAAGGCUCUAGUUCCAGGUUGUGGGAAAGGCUACGAUGUGUUGUUACUAAGUGCAUUUGGGUAUGAUGCGUACGGACUGGAGAUCUCUAGUAAAGCCUUGGAGGAAGCCAGGAAAGUAGAGGCGGAGAUGAGUGGGAAGGGUGUGUAUGCGGCGAGAGAGGGAGUGGAAAGAGGGGAGGUGCAUUGGAUUACAGGGGAUUUCUUUGAGGAGGGCGAUGGUGGGGUUCUAGGAGGGGAGAAAUUUGAUUUGAUUUAUGAUUAUACGUUUCUAUCUGCAUUACCUCCCGUCAUGAGGCCAGCGUGGUCGAAACGCUUCGUUGAUCUUCUGGCUCCGGAAGGACGCCUCGUUUGUGUGGAGUUCCCAACAUACAAGCCGCCGUCUACUGGAGGACCUCCUUGGGCGUUGCCUCCGAAAGUAUAUCUUGCUCAUCUGAUGAGACCGGGAGAGGAACUGCCAUAUGCUGAGGAUGGAGAACUCUUAGAGUCGAAACUUGGGGAGUCGAAUAAGAGUGGUCUAGUGAGGAUUGCGCAUUUCCAGCCGGAGAGGACGCAUCAGAUUGGGUAUAAUGCAGAAGGUAAAGUAACAGAUUGGGUUUCCGUAUGGGCACAUCCAAGCUAGUAAUCAAUCCUUCAUAUGCCGUUCGAGUAAAUUGUGCUCAAGGUGCCUUGCGUAAAGAGUUGUAAUGUUCUCCCAGCCCAAAUCCAUGUCGAUAGUAUGCCAGCCAAAUCCUUUCUGGAUCCUUCUUCCCAUCUCCGGGCUCAAUUGUCUGCGCAACUCCAUCCUGUAAGACACAUAUCUCCACUAUAUACGUCUUAGCCAGAGCCAGUAAUUCCAGAUGCCCUCCCCAUUCCGCCGUAUCCCUAAUUUUCUCAACGUACUGGUCCAGCGGCUCAUCCAACCACGCCACAAAAUCGUCUGGAUGUCCCUCAAUAUACCUUGCAGCCGCCUUUCUCACAACCUUAUACCUCUCUCCCUCCUUGAUAUCCUCACUUUCUGGACCCAAUGGAAUCCCAACUUGUGAAAGCUGAUCCGCCACGGCAGAGAACAGACAAUGUCCAUCUGGUCUAAUACUCUUCUCCACCAAGCCAUUCGCAGUGAACUGAUCCAGCAUCUUCUUCCGCUCCACAGCCUUCUGAUCCGGUUGAUUUGCAGCUUCUUUCUUCGCCUGCUCGAUCGCAGCUUCAUGUUCUGCCGCGCGACGAGCCAACCGCUCCUUUUGUCUGUUUCGUUUUCGAGGCUGUCCAUCCUCCGAAGGCUCAGGUUCCGAAAUGGCCGAUUUAUCCAACGAUUCGGUGAUGCCGUUCAUACCAUUUGUAGCAGGUUCUUCGACAAUGUCUUCCUCAAGAUCUGGCACAUCUUGAAUGUCCGCGGGCUCACCGUUCAAAGCUGCGAUUUCUUGCGCCUGCUUAUCCUUAAGCUGGCGCUCCAGCUCGUCGCAUUCGCUGUUCACGCCUUUCCGUGUCUUCUUUGUAGCGUUUUUCUUCUUGUUCGUGAUUCGACCUUGCAGAUCUUUUUGCUCUUUGCGGUGCCGACUUUGCAUGUCCUCGAAGGACUCCAUCGUGGGCGACAGUCGUGGUGGGGCCGGGGUAUUAAGGGGGGUCUGGUCUGGGCGCUCUUCCCUCUGAAAGGAGUAUUCGAAAGUGUCUUACACUGAUGAAUGGUAUGUGUCUCUGUGCGAAGUAAAGAGUGUGUGCUACGACCUACUUGCUAGGAAGUUGGACUUGAGGAGUUGCGAACUGGACCCCUGAGAGUA